AUGGCCUGGAGCCUUAGGCCUUUGUCAGGUGGUGCGGCACAGCGGCUACCCGAAACAGGUGUUGUUCAACUCGGCCGCCACGCUGAUUGCAAAGUUUCCUGUCAGGACCCAGCCAUCAGCGGUAAGCAUUGCAGGUUGCAGUGUGAAGGGCCGAGUGUCUCAGUGGAAGACUGCAGCACGAACGGCACCUUUGUGAACGGCAUCCGCUUGGAAAAGGGCCAAAGACACGCCCUUUCGCCUGGCGACCAUUUAGUGCUGGCAUCGACUGAAGGCUCUUGCCAAUUCCGACUUGAGGGCCCUCAGGGCUGCGACCAUAUGGAGGCCCCUCGCAAGCUACGCAAAUUAAAUGGACUACUCGGAGGUCAUGACGGGAAAAGCGGUGAGCGCCCGGCCUUGGGACAGUCUACUCCCUCCGUCAGCAAGCAGGAUGAUCUUCAGGCUAGCGAUGUGGUGAGCACUGCCGAGCAGCACGACAGCAAGUGCCCAGCUCCAGAACAGGCUGUUGCUUCCCAGUGCGGAACGACUCCCCUCGAGCGGCGUAUCUCGCCCGAGGCUGUGACAGACAAGAACAGUGGAGUCGCCAGGGCUGAUUCCUUGCCUGACUUUGAUGUCACGAAGGCCGAGUCCUUGCCCGACUUUGAUGCAGAGGCCAUGCAUGCGCCGUCCUCCUGCCAGUUGGAUGAGGCCCAGCCUCAGAAGCGACGAAGGCUGACGAAGUCCAAGACCAUGGUGCCGAAGCUGAGUGGCCCAGCCCUGCUGCAGUGGCUGAUGCGAAGGCGCCUUUGCCGAGACGGGACGCAAGGGACGCCUGCCCCGGAGCGGGGCUUUCGGCCGGAGAGCGGGCGCCGCAGGGCGGAAGUCCUGUUGCAGGACCAGGUCCGCGAGGUGCGGCACCUGGCCAGCGCGAACGCGGAGGAUCGCUUGGUGCCGCGGCCGGCGGCGUGCCGGUGGCACCUCAAGGGCGAGGCUCUGACAGUGCUGUCCUCCACGCGGCUGCCCAUUGAGCCCGCCCUCGGGGCCCAAGCCAUCGAGGCCUGGGAGGCCGUGCGCCGACCCACCGCCGCCGAGGCGGCCCGGGCCUUCACCCGGUCCCAGGUGCGGCCCAAGGCAGCGGCGGCCGCUCCCUGGGCGCGGCAUGAAGAGUUGCAGGAGGCCCUUGAAUGCGAAGCCUGGCACCAGCAGCUGCAACGCCGAUGCCAGCUGGAGGUAGGCCGGCGGUUGCUGCUUCGUCGCCUGGGCGCCGCAGUGCGCUGUGGGCUCUUCGAGGACCCCCCGCUGACGUCUGCGGAGGGCGCGCAGCGUGCGCAAGCGGCGCAGGUGGGGCAACUGGCGGCGGCAGCCACAGGCAACGAGUUUCAGGCGGCCACCUUCCUGCCCAAGGCCCUGUGCGCAUCGCUGGACUCCGCGAGGCCCGGCUUGUUGGGGUCUUGGCACCCCUUGCCCGGCAGCUUCAGCCAGAACGGCCACAAGGACGCCCUGCACUGCCUGCGCUGCUUCCGGGACCUCUGCCUGGGCGUCUCGGGUCACUUCGUGGGGCGCAUGGCGCGGGAGGGGCUGACGGAGCGGGUCUUCGCUGGCGGCAAGGAGCACGGGCUCUGCGGCUGCGGCCGCUGGGUGCUGCGAAGCCACGCCAAGGCCCACCGCUGCGAUGUGGGCAAGCCACACGCUCGCCUCAAGCUCUUCGCGGAGCGCACGGCGGGCUUGGGCCUCGUGGCAAAGUUCCGGCACCGCCUCGACUCGGUGGAGCUGGUGCUGGAGGCGUCCUUGGAGUCGGCCCUUCAGGCCCUGCUGUGGCCGGAUCUGUGGUCUCCGCUGGUGACCUGCAGCUGGCGCCUGACGCGCUGCUCUACCGAGGCCUCGGUUUGGGUGCCGCGGCUGCGGGCGCCCUGCUGCGAGAAGGUGCCGCAGCAGAGCUUCCUCAGCUCCGCGCAGCUGGUGCUGCUGGGCUGGAUGCGGGGCCGCGAGGGGACGCCGGGCUUCGGCUCGCGGCAGGUCUUUCGGGAGGACCUCUGCGAGACCGACCUUGCCCUGGAGCUGUUGAUCGAGCGUGACUUCCGCUCUGCAAGGGGAGGAUUGAUCCUCGAGCCCGGACCAGGCUGGCAAAUAGCCCCCGUCCUGACUGCCUUGGAAGAUCGCUUCAAGCGCAGCGAGCGCAGAGGUCCUUGCCGGGUGGAGGCCCCCGGCAUGCUGAUCCUGGUCCAGCAGGACACCCUGCAAGACUGGCAAGCCACGCUGCCCAAGGCACUGGUGAUCCCUGGCUAUCAGAAGAUGAGGGCCCUGACGGUGGCCGACGUGCUGGCGGCGGAGGUGGUGCUGGCGCCGGUACAGCUGUUCAGCUCGGAGGCCUACCAGCGCCAUUUCGACCUCCUCUCCAAGCCUGGGCUGCAGGUCUUCGAUGCGCCGGGUGCGGAGCCUGAGCCACCAGAGCAGGAGGCGCCGGAGGAGCUGAGCUGCGGACUGGCGGUGGAGCUGCAGGGCCUUGUGGCGAAAGCCGAGCUCAAUGGCCGCCAGGGCCGUUUGGUGGAGUGGCAGCAGGAGAAGGGACGCUGGUCGGUGCUGCUGCAGAAGCGCAAGCGCCAGGAGGAGGCUUUGGUCAACGUUCGACCUGGCAAUCUAAAGGUGCUGCGCAAAGGACCACGUCCGCGAAGAGGCCGGCGUACACCUGGCCAGCCAAAGGUGUCAAGAUACUACUUGGAGCUACGGGCGCGGGAGGACUAUAUGGCACAGCGCCAGGUGGAUCUGGACCGCUCCGUGCUGCGGCUCCUGCGGCAGGGUGCUACUGCGGAGGAGAUGCCGGAGUUGGCGCAUGGCGGAGCAGUGCUUGAGAUGUUUCGCUUCAACCGCCUGGUGCUGGACGAUUGCCACCUCCUUGCAAGGGAUCUGGUGCAGAUCUGCGCAGCCAAAGGGGUGGAACCUAGGGCGCAGUACCUGGCGAAGGUGGCGCCUUUGUACGCGGUGCUCGCCAUCGGGGCCCACGCGCGUUGGGGCAUCACUCCGGGGUUCACCAAGGGUGAGGACGAGGUGGCGCCGAUCGCCUCGCUGCUGGGCGUCCAGAUUCCUUGGGGCGAUCAUAGCGAGGCGCAGCGAUUUCUGGACACCUGGGCUGCUCAGAUGGAGGACUACUUCCAUUGGCCAGAGAGCAGAGGGGCCGCAGACAUCAAUCGGAAGGGAUGGGGCUACACCUUGCAAGUCUCCCUGGUUCAUGGCCUCUCAAGGCGCCGCACGGCAGGCUCGCUCGCCAGACAGGCCGCGCAGCCGCGCGCGCCGGUGCUUCAGACGAUGCCAAAGGUGUGGGCCCAGCCGGUGAUGAGGCCUUUCAGUGUGCUGGGCACCAACUACGCGCGGUACGUCACCCCGACCCCGCCAGCGCCGGUGCAGCCGGCGGUUCAGGCAAUCAAGGAAUCCAACACCAUGGCGCAGAAGGAAGCAGGAUUGGUGGAUGCCUGCAAGAGGGACUCCAUGGUUUUUGAGAUCGGCAUCUCCUUUGUGGUGAUGCACUAUCAGUCGAUCUUCAUCGGCGUGAUGCGCUGCCUCUUCCAGGCCUUCCGUCCGUUGCUGAUCCUCUUCGUGUUCGGGCAGAUCAUCAAGGCGGUCUUCUUCAUCUUUGGCGCUCCGAUUUGGAUGUCGUUCUACUCCAUCUGGCUUUUUGAGGUCACCUACGGACUGGCGCAGUGCGCUAUCUCAUUCAUCUUCAUCAGUUUCUUCUACAACAACCUCUCCUUUGCGCGCAUGCGACCUGCCCUCACCCAGAUGGUGCGACAGCAGAAGGAGCCCAGCCACGAGCAAGUGCUCUAG